AUGUCGGCAUCUGACGACCUCCUCCUGCUUGAUGACUUGACCCAGAUGAAGGGGCACAUCUCGCAGCUCCAGGCCACGUUGAACCAGGUGCUCUCUCGAGCUCCUCCAGUUGCAAAGUACAAGGAAUUGACCAGCAUUUUGGAGUCGUCGGCAAAUCUCCCGCCUCUGUUGGCGCUGUCUCCGCAGAUUGUCGACCGCCUCAAGGCCACCGUGAACACGCCUCAGAUCAAAGUCGCCGUAAGAAUCAAGGAGCUAUGCGAUAAGGGGCUUUUGCCCUUUCUCUUGACGUUGGCGAGGUGCAACUUUAAAUCGGUCAAAGUCGACCGCCAUGUGGGCUACAUUUUGCAUUAUAAACCGCCCAAGGGAGUGGAGCCCUUGGUUGACGACGACUCGAAAAAAAAAGAUGUCCUCAAGGACAUCGAAAUGUAUCCUCCCAGCUUGCCGCCAAUCGAGGACAAUUCUUUGCUCAAGUUGGUUUUGACCGAUAAGAGCUUCAGACAGCCCGCAGACUUCUUGGAACUGCAGUUUCGUGAGGGCCACCAUGACUUCAACAACAAUCAUAACAGGAAGUUGGCCAUAAAAGGUAGAAGUUUACUCGAUUACCUUCUUCUAGAAAUCAUCGACGAGAAGUUUUUACACAAGGCUCAUGAGGACGACGUCUUGUACGUAAGGAACAGACUCACCUCCACCUUCACUUUAGCCAAGUUCGCUUACCUAUACAACCUUACAGACGAAUUGCAACACGUCGUUCUGGAAGAAUUGGCUUUUGAAGACAAGCUUACUAUUUUCAAGAACGUGUUCCUAGCAUACAUCCAGGCAUUGACCUUGCUGAAUUACAGCAUGAAGGAGAUCAAGAGAUGGAUUGAGGCUCUCUAUGAGCCUAUGCUUGUCAAAUUGGCACAGCAGUAUAGUGACGGAGAGAUCUUGAAAAACGUCUACGCUGUGGCAUACAGUGAGUUUCAGUUCUUGUUGACUCGUGUGAGCAGUUACUUUGAUCAUCCCACCAAGAAGAUCCGCUACAGCUUCGACAUUGUGGAGGAAGAUCCUUUCGUUUGCAAACUUACCAUCGAAGGAGAAGAGUACACUACUGGCUCUGGAGCUACCGCUUUGGAUGCCAAACAGAGAGCUGCUUACGAGUUGUUUCAAAGCAAGCGCUUGCGUUACAAGUUCAUGAAGUACUUGUUGGAGAACUUCAAGAAGCCGCAAUCACCUCCUGCCGCCGAGGCACCCCCACCUCCACCUCCUGCCCCUAAGCAGAGCUCGCAAACCGAUGAUGAUGACGACUACGAUCCAGAAGCAUUGAGCCUGAUGAAGGACGAUACGUCCACUUCUUCUCACACUCCAGUUUCUUCUCAAACACCUGCCUCAUCGCAAAAAUCAGAGCCGCCUCAAAGCCACCCUAGAAAGCCAUUGCCUUAUGGGGCCUUGCCGCCAAUUCCCAACAUGAAGAGAAGAACAGCUAACAGAUAA